AUGGCUCUAGUGAAUCGACAGAAUUCGAUUGCCUUCUUGUUUCCUUCAAAGCUAUCCAGUUCUCGCCGAACUCACAGUCCCACAAGCUCGACGUCUUCGGGGAGCAGCCGAAGCUCUUCCCCUUCCAAGCGUCAUGCUCAUCAGCCUCUACCGCAGCUUGCUCUCCAACCUUUCUCGGCCAAUCUAAAACACGAACCUCCUGCUUGUCAGAAUUUUGCUUGCCAAUUAUCAUUGUACAUUAAGCCGUCGCACACAUAUACGACACAGAUCAAAGCCCAUAGCCAGGGUAAUAAGACCCCUUCCCCAAAUCCCAAUACCUCCCGCAAGGCUACUUCCUCGGCCUACUGGAGUGCGGAAGCUGCCUUCACUUCCACCACGGUCACAACCCACUUCACAGCUUCCACAGCGAUCCUCAUUGCCAAAUCCGCUGGCGAUUUCUGCGACAGAUUCGCUAGAUCGUCAUGA